AUUAUUGUAAUUUUUCUUGAAAUUAUUCAAUGUUUACCACAACAACAACAACAAGAAUCCAAAAUAACAACAACAACAACAACGCAAACGACAACAACAACAAUUAAAACAUUAUCAUGUAAAGCAUCAAUGAUACCACGUAUGUUAACAAUUAAACCAUCAUCAUUAUCAUCAUUAUCAUUAUCAUCAUUAUAUGGCCGAUUUUCAAUACACGAAACAAUAACUAUACAUUGUAUGGCAAAUUUAACCGCUGAUUUGGAUGAUAAUUUUAUUAAUCCAGUAUUUGAUCUAUCGUUUGGUGAUCAAACAAAUUCUGGUCUUUAUAUUGUACGUGGACGACCAAAUUGUCAACAAAAUCAUACUAAUUGUGAAAGUGAAUUUCAAAUAUCAAUAUUAUCAUUGAUUAAACUUUUGUUACCAAAAAUGAAUAAUGAUAAUUAUCGUCAAUCAUCGACAUCGAUAUUGGAAACAAUCAAAGUAACAUGCGAUAUUGCCGAUACAUCACGUCAUUUACGAAUGCCUGUUCGUUGUAAUGAUUCGGGUUUGUUUCGUUUUCCUAAAAUAUUAAACUAUGGUGAUUCAUGUCGAAUCGGUUCGGAAGAAGAAUGUCCAACAAAUAUGCAAUGUUCAAAAUCGAAUGAUGAUCGUCAACAACAACGUCGAGGACGACGACAACGACAAAUAUCAACAACAACAACAACAAAAUGUCAAUGUAAACAUGGUUAUUUGAAUGUAACAACAUGGAUUGCUGACCUCAAUUCUAUUCGAACAAUUUGUAUUCAACCGAUUACUAUCGGUGAUUCAAAACAAUGUUUAAUCGAUGAACAAUGUUUGGCUUUGGAUACGAAUUCCGAUUGUCGUUAUGAUAAUAAACAUGGUUAUCCUAUUUGUCAAUGUCGAAAAGAUUAUCAUCUACAUCAAAAUGGUAGUUGUCAAUCAAUCCAUCAACAAAUCAAUGAAUCUAAAAUUUAUAAUCAAACAAUAUUACCAUUACAUUUAAAUCAUCAUCAUCAUAAUCAUCCAAAAAAUGAAUCACUAAUAAAUGAUGAUAAUUCGGGUAAAACGAUGAAACCAUCAAAGGAAUCAAGUUCAUUAUCAAAAACUAUAAGCAAUUUAGGUUUGGUUAUAUUUUUGAUCGUAUUAUUAUGGGCAAUAAUUAUUGCAUCCAUUUUAAUCAGAUAUGCAAAACAAAAACAACGUUUAGAUAUUAAUUAUCAGAAAAAACAAUCGAAUAAU